AUGAACAACGCAAAUUCUGAAAGCUAUCGUUUGUGGAGAAUAAGAAAGACUGUCCUCCAAAUGUUGGAUGCUCGUGGUUAUAUGGUUCUUGAAUCUGAAAAGAAUAUGGACCUUGCUGAAUUUGAAAGUAAAUUUGGUACAGGACCUAAUAAUGUUUCUCAAUCUGGUCAAGCCCGUGGGUAUACAACAAUAGGAAGAGACAGACUUAGUAUUGUUACAUCAAUGGCUGAUGAUCCUUCCGAAAUGAUAUUUGUUUUCUUCCCAGCAACAAAAGCUAUUGGUAUGAAACAAAUCAAGGAUUAUCACUCUAAAAUGAAGGAUAACAAUGUAAAGAGAGCUAUUCUUGUCUUGAGACCAGCUGAUUCAUUCCAACAAAAGGAUCUCAGCUCUCAAGCUAAGAGAGCAAUUGAAGCUCUUCAAGCUAUUGGAUAUAUUCUUGAAACAUUCAAGGAAACUGAACUUUUGGUAAAUAUUACAGAACAUGUCUUGGUGCCACAACACGUUCCACUCAACAAGGCCCAACAUGAAGAAUUGCUCCAAAGAUAUAAAUUGAAAGAAACACAAUUACCAAGAAUGAAGGUCACGGAUCCGAUUGCAAGAUAUUAUGGUCUUCAAAGAGGUGCUAUUGUAAAGAUUAUUCGUUCUUCGGAAACAGCUGGCAGAUAUGUUACAUAUCGUUAUGUUGUUUAA